AGCCAGUCAGCUGAGCGACGACUGAUGUACUCUCGGAACACAUCGAAGACUCGCAGGAUCCAUUGUGUGAUAUGAACUUAUUUACUUUCAGUUUUCCCAAAAGGAAGUUAGCGCAAAUUUAGACUGGGAGGCUUAAUGUGUGAUCAUGGAGGGCAGAGGUGAUGGUGAGGUUGCAGAUGGGCAGCGUGUUCAGCCAUCUAACGCUAAUGCAUGUCCCUCCCAAUCGGGAGAUGAAAGAGGCAAUGAGACCAUGGAGGUGGAUGAUGAUUUGUUCAAACACUCCACCACUCUCACCAACAAGCAGCGUGGAAAUGAGGUUACAGUGCGACCAGCAACAUUAGACUCUCUGUCCAUACACCAGCUGGCAGCUCAAGGUGAGGUUUCACAAGUAGCUGCACACCUGAGCAAAGACAGUUCAUUGCUCAGCAGACAAGAUGAGCGAGGCUUUACACCUCUCAUGUGGGCGGCAGCAUUUGGAGAGAAAGCAAUGGUGGACUUUCUCUUGGAAAAGGGUGCAGACCCCAAAACGAUUGCAAGGGAGCGAGAAAGCGCCCUGACACUGGCCAGUUCUGGAGGAUACGUGGACAUUGUUGAGUCCCUCCUCAGACAUGGAGUGGACAUUAAUACUUAUGACUGGAAUGGUGGAACUCCUCUUCUUUAUGCCGUACGAGGGAACCAUAUCAAAUGUGUAGAGGCAUUGCUAGCCAGAGGAGCAGAUAUGACCAUAGAGUCUGACUCUGGGUACAGUCCAAUGGCAUUAGCUGUUGCCCUUGGACAUAAGAAAAUUCAGAAAGUGUUGGAGGACCACAUCCUGAAACUCUACAAGCCACCAACAUGACACUGAAAAUAAACCAAUGGAGUUAAGAUUGAUAGUUAACUGAUCUCAAACCCGAGUGAGUUUUCGUCAUGAAGAAAUGACGCAGAUGUCUGUCUCAGCUCAGCCAUUUAAAAGAUCGCUGCAUACGUAGAAACAUUUACCAGAUAAGCUGCAAUUUUUAACUUGUUUAUUCCAUUUAUAUGCACUGCAGUGUGCAAAAUUUUGUACAAACAAGGACUAAAAUGUGACAGUCGUGCAGCUGAAUUACUUUGUU